AUGUAUGACGCCUCAACCGACCCGGAAGACCACCUCUCGGUCUUCCUGACUCACAUGCGUCUGCAAACAGCCGCGGAUAAAAUCCGCUGCAAGACCUUUCCCACGUUUCUGAAGGGAAAGGCUCGGCUUUGGUUCCAGGGUCUGGCACCGGGGUCCAUCCGGAGUUUCCCCGAACUAGCCAGACAGUUCGCCGCCCAGUUUGUCUCCUCGAAGACUUACUCGAAAAAUGCGGCUCACCUGAUGGCCAUCAGGCAGAAGCUGGACGAGUUCUUGAGGAAUUUCAUGACCCGCUUCAACACGGUGAGCUGGCAGAUCAGGGACAAGGAUGAAAAGGUGGUCAUGGCCGCAUUCACGAACGGCCUCCGAACGGAGGAGCUCUUCUUACUCACUCGCCGAGAAGUCUCCUGGAAACCUGGAGGAGCUCUUGACCAGGGCUCUCGCGGCCGCCAAUGCAGAGGAGGCUGCCCGCCUGAAGAGAGAAGAAAGCCCCCGCUCCGCCGCCACUCCCGGAGAAAGGCUACACCCCCUGACUCGGCCCAGGGCCCAGAUCCUGGCCGUCAUGGAGGCAGAGGGCCUAGGGGAACGGCCACCCAAGAUGGGGACCCCAGGAACAAAAGGAACCAGGACCGGUACUGUGCCUUCAACCGUGAUGUUGGGCAUGAUACGGAGGGAUGCUGGACCCUGCGAAAGGAGAUUGAAGAUCUGAUUCAGCGCGGCUUCCUGGGACGAUUUGUGCGGCAAGGUCGACCAGGCCAGGAGCCAGGACGCACCUACCGCGGAGACAGGGGCGAGGGCCAGUGUCGUGACCGCCCUGAGCGACGUGACGUUCCUCGGGGCCAUUCCCCCGACCAGAACGCGCAGAACUUAGCGAGGGUGAUAAACACUAUCGCUGGGGGCCCCACAGGGGGACAGCCAUGCAGCUCGAAAGAACAGGCGGCCUCCCCCCGAGGGGGAUGA